CUACAGCGAGGUCACGGAUUUGUACGUCGUACCUCGUACGCUCUUUCUACUUUUCGAUAUUCCGAAGCACGAGUUUACUAGCCGCUUUCUACGAAUUCAGUUUUCAAUCUCUCGGUUCUAGGGUGCUCAGAGGGGAGCGCAAACACUCCGAUGCAAGGGUCAUAGCUUUGGAUUAUGGAGAACGAGGCCGCUUCCGGGUCCCCUAUUGAGGAAAAGAAGAAAGAGGAGAAGGAGAAGGAGAGGCCGAGGCAGGAGGAGGUGGAAUACGAUGAUUUUGGAUUGCCUAUAAGGAAGCCCCGGCCGAGGAGCCUGGAGGAGGAAAGUUCAGGGGAGGGGGACGAGGAGCAGUUUGUGGAUACGGUGGACAUAAGAUCGGGGAGUAGGGAGAAUGUUGCCGUACAAGAGAAGGCUACCUUGGUGAAGGAGGAGGCCGAGAAGUCGGAACCGCUGGUGAAUGGCCGUAAAGAGGAGGGGGAUGAGAAGGAAGAAGAGAAGGGGGAGCAGUCAGGGGAACAUUCAGGAGCACGAUCCACCCAGCAGAUACAGCCGAUUGAGGAGCCAAUACCACAUAAGGAGUCUCCUGAAAGCGAACCGCACGCCGAUACUUCUGAACUUCACAAACCGCCCCCUGAAAGCUCAAGCGCACAUGCCCGCCAGAAAGCAAGCAUCUCCGAAUACUCGCACCAACAGCUCGCGAUAUCAAACGACGCGGAGGGGAAGAAGAAGGAUGACCUCGACGAUGAGUGGCAGACCAUGCCCGCAUACGCGCAUUGGGACAUGUACGACGAUGAUAAUAGGCUUAUUGCUAGAGAGAAUGCGGAAGAGCUGGAGGACAUGAGCGGGUACGGAAACGUAGGAGGGGCUGCUAAGGGAUAUACGCGGGUGACCAUGGACGACGACGUUGAAUCUGUCACCAGCAUGGACGAGAAUACAGCAUACCUUUUUAAAGAGCACAAGGGAACUGCGGUCUUGGAGGAUGACGAGGACGAAGCUGCAAGGGACCCAUUGUCACAGAUGCAGACCACAAAGAAUCUUCUUACAGAAGGGCAGCGCAUAGCAUACGUUGGGCUAGUGCGACUAGCUAUGGUGGAGAUGGAGAAUCGGGUGAACCAGCUAGAAAGGACCAAGGGAUCCAAGAAGAUCAUUGAACUCACGCUAGAGACAACAAAGAUGUGGGCGCAAAAGAUGAUGGUUCGCCUGUACGCGCACAUGGACAUCGACGCUUCCGAACAAAUCAUGAUCGAGCAGCUUAAAGAACACGGAGUCGUGCCAUCAGACCUCACGCCGGCGUUGAUGCAGAAUGCGCGAGUUAAGAAUCCUGUAGUGGAGGAGACUACCUCUUCUAGAGCUUCUCUCUCAUCACCACAACCUGAUAAGGAGAAGUCGGAAUCUCUUGCCGAGUCCUCAAUGUCACCAUCACCUCCCCCUUACCAGGAUCAUGAAGGGGAUGACUUGCCCAAAGUCCGAAUACCUUCCCAGUUGGAGCAGACUAAAAACUUGGACAUUGACCUGCGCUGGACGGUGCUCUGCGAUCUCUUCCUCGUCCUCAUAGCAGAUUCUGUCUACGACGCUCGUUCAAGACAGCUCAUGGAGAAUGUGGGCAAGUCGCUAGGGGUCGACUGGCUUGAGAUAUGUCGGUUCGAGAAACGAGUGACAGAUGCGCUCGAGAUGCAAGAAGAAGCGAGCAAGGAGAACUGGAACGAAGAAGAGCACAUGGAAGACAGGAGGAAACGGGCUCUGAAAAAGCGUCUGGCUUUCAUGGGACUGGCAACGGUUGGUGGUGGCCUUGUCAUUGGCUUGUCCGCUGGCCUACUCGCCCCAGUCAUCGGUACAGGUCUUGCUCUGGGAUUCAGUACUAUCGGUGUGGCUGGAACGGGUACUUUCCUCGCCGGUGCCGGUGGUGCCGCUAUCAUCACUACGACUGGAGUCCUAAGUGGCGGUACGAUUGCGGUGAGGGCAGCGAAUCGGCGGACGGGUGCUGUCAAGACAUUUGAGUAUCGGCCGCUGCACAAUAACAAAAGGGUGAAUCUCAUCGUCACUGUGUCUGGAUGGAUGAGCGGUAAGGUCGAUGACGUCCGUCUGCCGUUCAGCACAGUGGACCCGAUCAUGGGCGAUAUCUAUUCCGUGCUGUGGGAGCCGGACAUGCUCCGGAGUAUGGGUGACACCAUCAAUAUUCUGGCCACAGAGGCUCUUACGCAAGGCCUCCAACAAGUUCUAGGCAGCACCCUUCUCGUCGCUCUCAUGUCCGCCAUCCAGCUCCCUGUAAUCCUCACCAAGCUGUCCUACCUAAUCGACAACCCUUGGACGGUGUCCCAAGCUCGAGCGGAUAUGGCUGGGCUCAUUCUUGCGGACUCGAUCAUUGCGCGGAAUCUAGGAACACGGCCAAUCACCCUCGUAGGCUUCUCACUCGGUGCAAGAGUCAUCUUUGCCUGCUUGAAGGAACUUGCACACCGGGGAGCUUUCGGUCUCGUCCAGAAUGUGUACCUGUUCGGGACCCCGGUCGUCGCGAAGAAGGAUGAGUACACCAAACUGAGAGCGAUAGUGCCAGGACGCUUCGUCAACGGCUACGCAAGAAAUGACUGGAUUUUGGGCUAUCUCUUCCGAGCAACAAGCGGCGGUAUAAUGAGAGUGGCGGGGCUGGCCCCUGUCGAGGUACCCGGUAUCGAAAACAUCAACGUGACGGAGCUUGUACCGGGACACAUGGCCUACAGAGCAGCCAUGCCGAAGCUACUACGCGAAGUCGGGUGGACUGUCGAGAGCGACGAAUUCACCGAAAUCGAAGACCCAGACCCUGACAACCACGAGCAGCGGCAGCGGGAGCUCAUCAACGAGAUCGAGGAAGCAAGGAAGGAACUCGAGCAGAAGCCGGAGAAGAAAGGAUUCAGCUUCUGGCGGAAGAAGAAGGCAGCGAAGAAGGACUGGGAGGUGUAUGACGAGCACUCGCAGAAACCGAUUGACAAGGAUCAAGAUACGGCGGCUAUUGCGGAGAAUCCGGUCAUUUUUGAUUUGGAUGCGAUAAGAAAGGAGGUUGCGGCAUUGUCCGCUGAAGGCAUCGAGGUCAAGGAGAUCCAAUCGACGCUGCCGCCGAUGAAGAUCGACAUGGCAGCGGCGCAAACGAAUCCGCAUUCGACACUGCGGGAGACGAAGAGCUACAACGACAGCAUCGGACAACGUUCGGCUACUCUGGAUGCAGAUAAGAGCCCAUUCUCACACUCCAAUGGCGCCGGUGGCGCUUCAUCUAGAAGAAGCUACGACGAGUACGACGAGUACGACGAGCAUACCGACGGCGGCGUGACAAUGACAUUCGACACCUCGUUCCACGAUUCCCCCGGCAGACCCAUACCCCGCUCUUCUACGUCUCUCGAGUCUUCCUCGUACAAGGAGGCGGGUAUGCCGACCUGGGACACGCCUUCGGAACGGCCGCCGCUCAAACCUGCAGUGACGGAGCCGAAUCUGAAUCUUACGCCGGGUUACAAUGCCUGGGCUGAUGAGUACGAUGAUGAUGAGUUUGGGAAGGAGCGGGAGAUGAAGAUGACGUUUGAAUGAAUGAUUGAUUGGGCUUUAUUCCUAUCUAUGGAGUUGAUGGUUGGUUGGGACUUGGUUCGCGUCUGUGCUGGUGCAUCCGCAUGAGCGUUCUGUGUUGUUGUGCGCGCAUUCAUGGGAGGGCAUUGAGGCGUUCUUCUUUUCUUUUCUUCUCUUUUAUAUGUUUCUCUCAUUGGUGCAUGGGUGGGAAUGAGACGGGAGGGCAUGUGAUUGUUCUCCGUUUCUGGAAGGAGUGUCUUGGUGCUGCGGGUGUCUUGUGGAGUAGAACUCUUGGGCAUUGGCCAUGGUGUAGAACUGGAGUAGAGGUGUAGAUGCAUAUAGCUGCUCAUGGUCAUCGAGUCGAUGCCGAGAAGGAUCAGAAUAUAUAAUACAUGAAAUGUAUAUCU